UAACAGGUACAACCUAUCACUGCAGUGCAAUUACAGUACGUCGCAGAGACUUAAUGCAAUAAUACCGCAAGAUUUAUAGCAAAUUACUGAGAAAUUUUCUGAAAGUCCCCGUAACUUUUGAAGAGCUCUCGGUAUUUCUUGAGACAAAAGUGAUACGUCUGGAUUUGGUAGCCAAUAUCGUAGUCAGCAGACUUGUGGAAACUUCAUUGGUUUGCCGGCAGUCAACAUGACUUGGAUCAGUGACAAGAAGCUCACCUGGUAUGAGAGUGUAUGCAUGAAUGUGUUGAAGACAGGCCAGGUGCCCAGACAUGUGGCGUUCAUCAUGGAUGGCAACCGGCGCUAUGCCAAGCGGAACCACAUUGAGAAGACAGAGGGCCAUGCAAGAGGGUUCACAAAGCUUUCAGAGACUUUGAAGUGGUGUCGAGACCUGGGCGUUACCGAGGUCACCGUGUAUGCCUUCUCGAUCGAGAAUUUCCGUCGGCCUCAGUCGGAGAUUGAUGGCAUCAUGAACCUGGCACGAGAGAAGUUUGAGCUGCUGCUCAAGGAACGUGACAAGCUGUCAGAGCACGGGGUGUGUAUCCGGUUUAUCGGCGACCUCAGUCUGCUGCCGGCCGAUAUCCAGCGUCAGACCGCCGAGGUGAUGCUGAUGACUCGCAACAACAAGGCAGCGAGACUCAACAUCGCCUUCUCGUACACAGCGCGGGAGGAGAUCUCGCGCGCUGUCCGUGACGUGGCCGCCGGCGUGUCGGACGGCCAUCUUUGGUCCAGUGACGUCACGGAGCGGCUGGUGGAGCAGUGUCUGUACACGCGCGAGUCGCCGCGUCCCGACCUCCUCGUGCGCACGUCCGGGGAGGUGCGGCUCUCCGACUUCCUCCUGUGGCAGACGACGCACACGUGCAUCUUCUUCACGGAGGUGCUGUGGCCCGACUUCAGCAUCUGGCACCUGUUCUCCGCCGUGUUCACCUACCAGCGCAACUAUGACGUCAUCCAGGCGGCACGGGCCGACCGCUCCCUGCGGCGGCUGCAGCACUCAACGGACGGCCUCCUCCCGGGCACCGCACGGCCCGGCGACUCCGUGACUCGGCCCGGUGACUCAGCCGGAGAGUCACUCGACUCCACCGACUCUGGCUCCGAGUGUGCGGCCGAUGACCGGGUGGACUCUGCCAGCCAGUCUGCCGCUGCUCAGAAGCGGGUGCAGUCGUUCCUCAGCCAUCUAGACGCGGCGCGGUGGGGACGUCUGGAGAGUCUGGUGGCGGAGGGCUCGUGAUGAUACGCCGCGCGCCGCUCUAGGUUCAAAUAGGGGACGCUGCUGGCCCUGCUCCGGUGAGCAGAACACCUCUGGUGCCGAGGUUUGGGCCGAGGACCGGCCUGCCUCGCUUGGGAGAGACCCGUGGAUCACGCUGGCCGGUGAUGCACGUAUGGAAGCCGAGCUGAAACUGCGGCACAGUCUGGACAGAUACCACACGGUCGGGCAGGACGGUGCCAGAGGGGACCUGUUACUACACAAGGGGGUAUGCUAGGAGCGCCGGUGUUGUUGAGGGCAAGGCGGUAUUGACUGGGAAAUAGUGGCAACUCGGGACUGGGCCACUUUGAGACUAGGGACGGCAGCAGCAAUGGGAGAGGCCAGCUGAGUGAUAACUGCCGCCCCGACAAUGAUAACGGGACGGAGACGGCCACCACAACGAGAGGGGAAGAUAUCAUUAUAUUUGUCAACUGAAACGUGCCCUGAUUAUCAGAUGAUCUAGCUAGACGGCUAUAUUAUUGACGAGGAAUGUCCUGAGUGGUUUCGGGAUGAGCAAUGUACCCUUCCACAGAUCGUUAUCGGUUGGUAGCGGAUGGACAGUAUGAUUGUUGCGUCGGACGCACAUUUGGGGUGGGCGGAGCGCCAAAGGCCGGACUGUGGGUAUCCUGGCGAGCGGUGAUGUGAGUGUGUGAUGGCGUGGGACCGCCGGUUGUGAGGGCUUGCAGCACAGGGGCCAAACAUUCCAGUACGAGGUUGGGGUGGGGCUUGCUGAGCGUGUGAUGUACCCGGGAAACGAUCAACUGUCUGUUAGAAUUGAUGAGCAGUUGCUGUUUGGGGACGCGUGCUUGCUGUGUGUUUGCUGCAGUGAGGUAUGUUGGUUAGCUUGUGCUGGAGUGUGAGGACCGAAUGUUGUUACUUGGUGAACAGACCCGACCCCAAUGACCGUUCUCUGAUCAGCGCUCGGACCAUGCCACUUUUGAUGUGUUUACUUUAGCUAAUGCCAGGAUCAGCGUAGCCCGUGACCUGAUAUCCACUGGUUGAACCAUUAGUUGAUAGUAUACCGUACAGGGUACCGGGGCAUACUCCGAAUAAUUGUCCAAAACAGCGGCCAUUUUCCUUUUUUCGAGUUAUUUGUUCUUUUCUCUUUGAGAUUAUUUGUGUUAAUUCAUGAAAUGCGCAUUUAGGUCAGUUUACUUUGUUUUGUUUUUGUUGUGCUUUGGGGCUCGAAGAUAAUAUUUUUUUUCAAUGUUGUUCGCUUGUUCAGAUAUUGAAUAUUGCUGCCAAUGUCGCACCCGAAAUCACUGUUACCGUUGCUUUGGUUGUAGUGGGUUUCCUCAGCACCAGCCGCCGUGUGCUUGGUAUUUAAAAUGUUUUUGAUACUAUAUCACAUCGCCUGGACCUCAAAAUCGCAUGCUAUCUACUUUACCGAGGUAAUAAUUGAAUCUGAGGAGCGUCGCGUUUGAAAUCCCACGUCCGGACUUGUGCUGGUGGCUGGCACAGGCCGGGGCGGGGUCAUGGGUUAAGCUGUGCGAACUGUGGCAAUGAGGAAUCAGUGACAGCAGACCUGAUGUGCUCCUGGUAUUGUUACGGACAGAUACAGUGAAUGGCAACUC